AUGUCCUACUACGAUCUGUAUCUGGGUGUACCUCAGCAGUACAUUCAUCAGCAGUACUAUCAGUAUUACCCUAGCGAAUCCAACGAGCAGGUUGUGAACCACGAAAUGGCCCAGCAGAUGGCUCACCAAAUGGACCGCCGCUCUCCAUAUGACCAGUACCCGCAAUAUCAAAGCGAAUACUCGGGUGUUCACGAACCUUCGCCAGUGGAUUCUAGACACGUUUCUGACGUCUACGGUAACGAUUCUGGCCUGUUUCUUAUGGACCUUUCUCCAUCGCAACUGAACCAGAGAUCAAUCUCCUCAAAUCCCCAGAUGAUGCAGCCUAUCCUGGUGGAGCCUAUGGGAAUGGGGAUGAACGGUUUGGUUGACCCCAACAUGACCUUCAACCAGAACACAUUCAUGUCCGCAAUGAGUCCUAACAUGCUGGCUGCUCCGCCUGUCCAGCACACUGCGGGCCCAGACCUCAUGUACGGCACUGCAACUCAAGCUCCAAUGGUUUCUCAGCCGCAAAAUACCGCAGCUGGCCAGGCUGCUCCUUCCAGAACCGUUUACUUGGGUAACAUUCCCUCUGAUAUCGAGCCCAACGAGUUGUUGGACUACGUAAGAAGUGGAAUCUUGGAGAACGUCAAGAUUUUACCCUCCAAGAACUGUGCAUUCAUCUCCUUCAUUGAUCUGCAGUCUGCACUCUUGUUUCACUCUGACUGUAUUUUGAAAAAGCUCAACAUUAAGGGUCAUGAUAUCAGAAUUGGAUGGGGAAAGAACUCUACCAUCUUGCCUGCUGUGUUGGAGGCUAUACAGAGAGACGGUGCCACUCGUAACGUUUACUUGGGUAAUUUGAAUAACCCGGCCACUGGCCAGAUCAUCACUGAGGAAGAGUUGAGGGAAGAUUUGUCUUCCUACGGCGUAAUUGAUUGCAUCAAGAUCAUUCCUGAAAAGGGCAUUGCAUUCAUUCAUUUCUUGUCCAUAUUGAGCGCCAUCAGAUGUGUCUCGAACUUGCCUUUGAAGGAAAAGUACUUGGAUAAGAAGUGUUUCUACGGUAAAGAUAGAUGCGCUUUCAUCACCAAAACGCAACAGCACAAUGCUGCACAGUAUUUGGGUUUGGCCCCAGGUAUGGAGCAUGUAGUGACUGCUGCUGAUAGAGAGUUCAUCUCCAGUGCGUUGGUGCAACAGUCUGCGGCUGCAGCUCAAAUUGCUACUCAGGCUGGAGGUGCCAACAAUUUGGGAAACAGAACCGUAUACUUGGGUAACUUGCAUCAAGAUUCUUCUGUAGAAGAAAUUUGUAAUGUUGUGAGAGGUGGGUUAUUGCAGAGCAUCAGAUUCUUGAAGGAGCGUCACGUUUGCUUCAUCACCUUCAUUGAUCCAAUCGCAGCGGCACAAUUUUUUGCCAUGUGCCAGUUGCAUGGCUUAACAAUCCACAACAGAAGAAUCAAGGUGGGUUGGGGAAAGCACUCUGGACCUUUGUCAAACGCAUUGUCUUUGGCUGUAUCUAAUGGUGCAUCGCGUAACAUUUACAUUGGUAACAUCACCGAUUUUGACUACUACAACCCUCAGAAAUUGAGAGAAGACUUCUCCAAUUUUGGAGACAUCGAGCAGAUCAACUUCCUUGAGGAGAAAAACUGUGCCUUCAUCAACUUCGUUAACAUUGCAAAUGCUAUUAAGGCCAUCGAUGGUAUCAAGUCCUUUGAUGACUACAAGUCAUUGAAAAUUAACUUUGGAAAGGAUAGAUGCGGCAACUUGCCCAGACAAUUCCAAAACCAGAAUCCCAUGAACCAGUCGAUGAAUAUCCACCACUUUGCCAACAACAUGUCCCUGCAGCAGUUAAGUGAUGAGGCAUCAUACUCAGGUUCUGACUUUGACGACUUGAAAGACCCUGGCGCACAAUAG